AAGAAGGAAGUGUUCGCGCGUUUCCUUCUUCUAUUUCAUAUUAUUAUUCCCAGCAUUUUCAAGUACUUUUUUUGUCUGUACUUGAUGAAUACGCAGUUAAAACGCAUCCCAGAAAGAGUCGUGUAAUAGGAAAAUCAUUUUCGUUAGGUAAAAUAGUUACUCUCCACCGGUCCAUGUGUUUCCAGGGAAUAAUGUUGGAGACGGACUUGUAAACAUUUGAAGCAUGGUGAGCUGCAGGAGGAGGUAGCCAUGAAGUAGCACAGUUAGCAUCACCUGCGUUUACGGGCAUGAGUCCAGGAAAUGUGAUAGGAGUGCAGGUUAACGAGCCAGCUGAAACUCGGAGUUUGUUUCUGUUUGUUGGGUCGUUUUUCCACCACUUACUGGGACACAGCAGCCCUUUGUGGAGAUCAUGAAACUACUCUUUUUAGCCCCCCUCAGUCCCAAAACCGGGAACCACACAACAGCCGAGAGAAUAAGGUCUUACAUUGAAUCAGCGGGACAUACUUGUGAGCUCAGAGAUGCAGGGGAUUUUCAGUCUCCUGCUGAGGUGGCACAUCUAGUGUCGGGGACUCCUCCGUAUGAAGGUGCACUGGCCAUCCACGUGUUUAAAGCUGGCAGACUCCUGCUGGAUGUCCAAGUUCCUUUUGGCGUCAUUUUUGGUGGAACAGACAUAAAUGAAGACGUGAAAGAUGAACGGAAGCGUGUGGUUAUGGAGCAGGUGCUACUGAAAGCCAGGUUUGCUGUUGCGUUUACCGAUAAACUAAAAGAAGAGGCAGAACAGUUUUUGGUAUGUCCUUCAAAGAAGUUGCACAUUCGAGCGCAGGUUGCAACAAGAAUGGCAUCCAGUGUGAGGAACGAGCGCGUGGACGAGCUGCACGUCUUCCUGUUGGUUUGUGGCCUCAGAAGAGUCAAGGACCCGCUGUAUUUGGUGGAGGUUUUUUCAGGUUGGCACUGCCAGAAUCUGCUGAAUAUAUUGGUCAUUAUUGGACCAAAGAUUGAUCCGGUGCUUACUGCUGAAGUGGAAGCUGUUGUUAAAAGAACGACAGGGGUGUACUUGGCGCAGGAGAGGAGCCGGCUGGAGCUGCACGCUGCCAUGAAAAGUUGCUUUGCUGUGGUCAACAGCUCAGUUUCAGAGGGCAUGUCAGCAGCCAUCCUGGAGGCAAUGGAUCUCAGGGUGCCUGUGAUGGCAAGAAACAUCCCAGGAAAUGCAGCUGUGGUUCAACAUGAGGUCACUGGCCUGCUGUAUUCAUCUCCUCAGGAAUUUGUGCACCAAGCUCAGAGGCUGCUGUCGGAUCAGGCGCUCAGAGAGACAGUAGUAAGGAAUGGAAAACGCUACGUGAAGAAGCACCACAGCCUAAAACAGGAGAGAGAAACCUACCAGCGACUGGUGGACGCCCUGCACUCAGUGUAAGAUCAGGUGUUCAUCCUUGUACUGUAAGCAGUGGACAACGGGACAUCACAUAUAAACUUUGUACUUGUGGAACACUUUUAUUAUAUUUAUUUGCAUAAAAAUAAUGUUAUUGUUUUUAUUUUAUUUUUUGCACAGCAAGACUGAAAUGAUGCUGCAGGUUACUUUUAAACA